CAAAUUUGAUACGCGGACAUGGGUAGAUAGUGAUAACAAGUUGACGAUCCAUUUCAAAUGAUUCCUUCAUUAUUUCCAUCUCUUUUUGCUGGCUUUCCCAAUUUCCCUUUCAGAUCCCCCCCCACCCACCAGGGCCACCACCACCACCUCUCUCUCGCUCUAAAUAACAAUAGUAUCUACUUGGAGAAGGGAGCUCAAGCAAGCAAUAACCUUUUUUGGAUCCUAAUUAUGCUCUUCUCAACAACAGAACCAUAGCUUUUGUUCUUGAAAUCAAUCAUACCAUCAUCAUGUAAAACCCAUUUUUUGAAUCAAGAAGACAAACAAGUUGCAAAGGAUUUCAGUGUAGUAGCUGAAUAAGGAGAGUGGAGUGGGAGUAGCAUUAUUACACAAAAAGGAUGGGUUCUUUCAAGGGUCAUGCUUUACCAGGAACGUUGUUUUUAUUGGUUGGUGUAUGGCAUAUAUGGAGCUCUUUGGUUAGAUAUGUAUCGAAUCCAGAGUCAUUUAGAGUCAGGGUUUGGAACCCUGUGCCUGGUUUUGAUGGGAAGCUUAAGUACUUAGAGCUGUAUCUGGUGGCGGGCGGUGCCUUUAUUGAUAUGUGUAUUGAGCUUUUGUACUCUACACACCUCAAGUUUUUCGUCAAUGGAGUCUUGAAUCCUCAUCAUAUGAAUGAUUUUGAGCACGGCGGAAUGCUUCUCAUGUUCUUUAUUUUUGGGGCUGUCGGUUUGCUAUCAGAGAAAACAAGAUUUCUACCCUUGCCAGAAGGAGUCCUCUGUUUGGUUGCUGCAGCAGCAUUUUCUGCAGAGUAUCUAUUGUUUUACUUUCACUCAACAACCCAUAAAGGUCUUGAAGGGCACUACCAUCUCCUCCUUGUCCUCCUGAUUGGCCUCUGUGUUUUAUCCAUUGUCAUGGGGGUUCUCCUCCCAACCAACUUUCCGGUUGAUUUAUCUAGUGGCAUUGCAAUGACUCUGCAAGGCCUCUGGUUUUACCAGACUGCCUUCUGUCUCUAUGGUCCCAUGAUGCCGGAUGGAUGUCAGCUUAAGGGCAAUCAGAUUAUGUGUCGAUCAUCGGAAAGUCAGAUUCGAGGCGAGCUGCUUGCAACCUUUCAGCUCUUUUCCUUGGUCUUUGGUGUCCUAGUUGCAGUUGCGGUGGCAUAUGGUUUCGCAGCUUCAAGAUAUGGGCAUUCUGAUCUUAAUAGCUCUCGUGUGCUUCAAGAUGGAUUAGACUGAGGUUUCUAGUAUGAGUGCUACCGGAGGUUAGUAUGGUUGGAGGGUCUCUAAAAAGUGCAUAGCACCUUUUGAAGCCUUGGUUUUGGCUUAGAAGGAAGCAUCGCGAGCUCUAGUCUGCAAGCUCUGUACGUGACUUAGCAUUUGGUGCAUCAAAAUCAGUGGUUAGAAAGGCAAAAAACAAAUAGAUUGAAAUGGGGAGCAUGGUGGUUCCAAGGAAGCACAACAACGACCCAUCAACUUGAAUAUGUAUUUUUUACAGUUUUGCUUACCCUGCAUCUUCUUCAGUUCGUGCAUCAUUUGAUUUUGAAAAUUCAAGAAUAACCUUGUGCAAAUUAAGUUCAAUGCAUUUGUCUCCUCCCUUCCCUUUGCAGGAGAGAGUGGAGGGAGUUGAAAAUUAACUGGAAAGACAGGUUGCAUCCAAGAGAAGGGGUCAACA